AUGCUGUCGAGACAAGCGAUGCUGGCGGCCCGGACGGCCUCGGCUGCGCCGCGCAUGCUGACUGCGGCGACGCCGGCAGCCGUGCGGACGUUUGCUGCGGCCGCACCGGACUCGAAGCCGCCCAUUGCGCUAUUUGGUCUGGACGGGACAUAUGCGUCUGCUCUGUACACUGCCGCCGUCAAGACGGCCACCCUCGAGCCUACUGCCAAGAGCCUGGCCGCCCUCGGCAACCUCCUCCGCAAGGACCCCAAGCUCGUCGGCAUCCUGGCCACGCCCACGCUCGCUGCCGCCGACAAGCUCGCCAUCGUGGCCGAGCUGCAAAAGGCCACCGGCUCGGCCGGCCAGCCAACCGUCACGCACUUUCUGCAGACGCUCGCCGAGAACAACCGGCUCGGCCUGCUCGACGACGUCGUCGCCAAGUUCGCUGACCUCAUCCGCGCUGCCCAGGGCCAGGUCGAGCUCAUCGUCACUAGCGCCACUACCCUCGACAACAAGACCCUCGCUCGCCUCGAGUCCGCCGUCGCCAAGUCCGCCUUUGUCGGCGCCGGCAAGAAGCUCUCCGUCAAGAACAAGGUCAACCCCGAGAUCCUCGGCGGCCUCAUCGUCGAGGUCGGCGACCGCACCAUCGACCUCAGCGUCCUCGCCCGCGUCGCUAAGCUCAACAAGCUGCUUACUGACAGCUUGUAA